UUUCCGGGUCAUGACCGCUUCCCCCGCCCCUAGCUGGGUUGCACUUGUUGUCAGUCCUGAGGUGAAAAGUGGCUGUCGCUGGGGCCCGGCUUUUUCUCCUGACGGAGUUUUCUUCUCCCCGGGAUUGGAUUUCCCUGUUGUUUUGGGGAUUUGUCAAAGAUGAACUCAGAUGAUUACAUGUCUUGGAGUGGAGCUAACUUGUCUCCUCACCUGCACAGUGAAGAAUGUAAUCGAGUUAUCAGUCUGCUCAAAGAGUGUCACAAAGAACACACCUUUUUGAGAUUUUUUGGCCACUGCAAUGACCUUGACCGUGAGAUGCGGAAAUGCUUAAAGAAGGAGUACCAAGAAAACCGAGCCAAGAGCCAGGCACAUGCUGAAGAGAUGCGUCAGAGGCUCAUUAAUGCUUCAAAACACUCUGAGAACUGAGCUAUGUUGCAGCUGGACAGCUAUACAUCAUAUGGACAUUUGGCUGAAAGCUAAAGGAACAUAUCUUGUUUUGUCUUCUAUACACUUGGAUAUAAAAUGCUAUUUCCUCAACUGCUAAUGUUUGUAAUAAAAAUUGCUGAAGUUUACACUUAUUGCUGACAAGAUACUUUAAUUGUUUGGCAAGAGAUUUAAUGGACUAUAACUGAUUUUUCUACAGUUGCCAUAGUGCAAACAAUACCUACAUUUGAGAGGAAAACAGGGUUAAAUAAAAAUAAUAAGCAUGUUCUGUUGUUGGACUCCUAAAACAAGAUAAGCUAUAAGCUGGGACCUUUAAGUAAAAUAAAUUGGCUACAAAAUCUUAACCUGA